CCUAGUCUUGACACGCCCCUCCAAUGGCUGCUGCUCGUCAGCACACCGAAGUGAAGGUAAUUCGACAGGGAUGGUGCGUCAAAGAGAGCGGAAACACAUUCAUGGGACAAUACAACUGGCGGAGAAGAUGGUUUUCACUUGUUUACAAAGGAUCCGACGUUACUCUAUCUUACUACAGAAACCAAACAGACAAGCAGCCUGCCGGUUCCGUUCGCUUAGACAAGACGUAUUGCACUCGUGAGUUGGAAAUUGGAGAGAAGAGUAAACCUCACUGCUUUGCAGUGGGUCCAUUGAUAGACAAUGGUGCAGUUAGAACGUACUUUAUGAGUUGCGAAUCUGAGCAAGAUAAGCUUGAAUGGAUGGCUGUCAUUGAUGCUACCAUAGAAGGAGUCCCAGAAAGAGCGGAAAAACGGAGACAGACAAUUGCUCUUAAGCACCGCUCAAAGACUGCAAUUAGUAAACUACCAAUGUCAGCUAUUCCUGAAGACAAUCAGGAAUAUUUGGAUCAUCAUUACAGACUAGACAGAUGGCACAGACUAUGCCAGAUAGCCACAACAGGCCAGUGGAAAAAGAUUGACACGAAAGAUGAUAUCACUGUGGCUCGAUUCACUUUCAAAGAACAGUCCAUGGUUGUCAUUAAGAUUGAUGGUGUGGCUAGUGCUACAAAAGAUGUUGUGUUCACUUUCUUGCAACGCUCGACGCGUCAAGGUGGUAAGUUGGACUAUCCAUUCAGACAUGAAAAUGUGUUACAAGAAAUUGAAGGAGAUCUGCCUGGCAAUGUAUUUUACUGUCAAUAUCCUGUUCCUCUCCCUCGUAUUUCACCACGUUUAGUCUGUGCGGUAAGGACAUGGGUUCCUGAAUAUUGCACUCGUAAUGGAACAAGUGGUUUGCUUGUCUUCUCAGUGGAUCAUCCUGGACUCCCCAAAAUGAAGGGAAUGGAAAGAGCUGAAAUACAGCCUUCAGGAAUCAUCCUUACAGCUGAACGCAAACCAGAUGGAAAGGAAGUGACUCGUCUGACAGUGGUGGCACAGCUAGAUGCACAAAAGACUCUUCAACGAAUGCUUCGAGGGGCAUACAAGUCCGGCCUACUAAAAAUCGGUAUUCGAUCCGGAUUUCAACAUAUAUGCCAACACCUCAGGAGACAAAUGGAACUCUUUGAUGUGUAA